AUGCAGAAGGAGCCAGGCAGUGUGUCUUCCUGCCCUGGCAUGAAGAGCCCCAGGCCCCUCCUCCUGCUACCACUGCUGCUGCUGCUGGGGGCUGGAGUGCCAGGCGCCUGGGGUCAGGCCGGGAGCCUGGACCUGCAGAUUGAUGAGGAGCAGCCAGCGGGCACACUGAUAGGGGACAUCAGUGCGGGGCUUCCAGCAGGCACGGCAGCACCUCCCAUGUACUUCAUCUCUGCCCAGGAGGGCAGCGGCGUGGGCACAGACCUGGCCAUUGAUGAGCACAGUGGAGUUGUCCGUACAGCCCGUGUCUUGGACCGUGAGCGGCGGGACCGCUACCGUUUCACUGCAGUCACUCCUGAUGGUGCCACUGUGGAGGUUACAGUGCGAGUGACUGACAUCAAUGACCAUGCUCCAGCUUUCCCACAGGCUCGGGCUGCCCUGCAAGUACCUGAGCACACAGCCUUUGGAACCCGCUACCCACUGGAUCCUGCUCGUGAUGCAGAUGCCGGGCGCCUGGGAACCCAGGGAUAUGCAUUGUCUGGUGAUGGGGCUGGAGAGACCUUCCGGCUGGAGACACGCCCCGGUCCAGAUGGGGCUCCGGUGCCUGAACUGGUAGUUACUGGGGAGCUAGACCGAGAGAACCGCUCACACUACAUGCUGCAACUGGAGGCCUAUGAUGGUGGUUCUCCUCCCCGGAGAGCGCAGGCCCUGCUGGAUGUGACACUGCUGGACAUCAAUGACCAUGCCCCAGCUUUUAAUCAGAGCCGCUACCACGCUGUGGUGUCUGAGAGCCUGGCCCCCGGCAGUCCUGUCUUGCAGGUGUUUGCAUCUGAUGCUGAUGCUGGUGCCAAUGGGGCUGUGACUUAUGACAUCAACCGGAGGCAGAGUGAGGGUGACGGACCAUUCUCCAUUGAUGCACACACAGGACUGCUGCGGCUGGAGCGGCCACUGGACUUUGAACAACGGCGGGUCCAUGAGCUAGUGGUGCAAGCACGUGAUGGCGGGGCUCACCCUGAGCUGGGCUCAGCCUUUGUGACUGUGCAUGUGCGAGAUGCCAAUGACAAUCAGCCCUCCAUGACUGUCAUCUUCCUGAGUGCAGACGGCUCCCCCCGAGUGUCUGAGGCCGCCCCUCCUGGACAGCUCGUGGCUCGCAUCUCUGUAUCAGACCCAGAUGAUGGUGACUUUGCCCAUGUCAACGUGUCCCUGGAGGGUGGAGAGGGCCACUUUGCCCUAAGCACCCAAGACAGUGUCAUCUACCUGGUGUGCGUGGCACGGCAGCUGGAUCGGGAGGAGAAGGAUGCCUAUAACUUGCGGGUUACAGCCACAGACUCAGGCUCACCUCCACUACGGGCCGAGGCUGCCUUUGUGCUGCAUGUCACUGAUGUCAAUGACAAUGCACCUGCCUUUGACCACCAACUCUACCGACCUGAGCCCCUGCCUGAGGUAGCCCUGCCUGGCAGUUUCGUAGUGCGAGUGAUGGCCCGAGAUCCUGACCAAGGCACCAAUGGCCAGGUCACCUAUAGCCUAGCCCCUGGCACCCACACUCGCUGGUUCUCCAUUGACCCUACUUCAGGCAUCAUCACCACAGCUGCCUCACUGGACUAUGAGUUGGAACCUCAGCCACAGCUGAUUGUGGUGGCCACGGAUGGAGGUCUGCCCCCACUAACCUCCUCCGCCACAGUUAGCGUGGCCCUCCAAGAUGUGAAUGAUAAUGAGCCCCAGUUCCAGAGGACUUUCUACAAUGCCUCACUGCCUGAGGGUACCCAACCUGGGACCUGCUUCCUGCAGGUGACAGCCACAGAUGCGGAUAGUGGCCCAUUUGGACUUCUCUCCUAUUCCUUGGGUGCUGGACUUGGGGCCUCUGGGUCUCCCCCAUUUCGCAUCGAUGCCCACAGUGGUGAUGUGUGCACGACCCGGAUGCUGGAUCGCGACCAAGGGCCCUCAAGCUUCGACUUCACAGUAACAGCUGUGGAUGGGGGAGGCCUCCAGUCCAUGGUUUAUGUGAAGGUAUUUGUAUCAGACGAGAAUGACAACCCACCUCAGUUUUAUCCACGGGAGUAUGCUGCCAGUCUGAGUGCCCAGAGUCCACCAGGCACAGCUGUGCUGAGGGUGCGUGCCCAUGACCCCGACCAGGGGCCCCAUGGGCAACUCUCCUACCACAUCCUGUCUGGCAAUAGCCCCCCACUGUUUGCCUUGGAUGAGCACUCAGGGCUGUUGACGGUAGCCUGGCCCUUGGUCAGACGGGCCAAUUCUGUGGUGCAGUUGGAGAUUGGGGCUCAAGAUGGAGGUCGCCUGCAGGCAGAACCCAGUGCCCGAGUCAACAUCAGCAUUGUGCCUGGAACCCCCACACCACCCAUAUUUGAGCAAUUACAGUAUGUUUUUUCUGUGCCAGAAGAUGUGGCACCAGCCACCAGUGUGGGCAUAGUCCAGGCACACAACCCACCAGGUCGCUUGGCACCUGUGACCCUUGCCCUGUCAGGUGGGGAUCCCCAAGGACUCUUCUCCCUAGAUGCAGCCUCAGGGCUGUUACAGACGAUUCGCCCUCUGGACCGGGAGCUGCUGGGACCAGUGCUAGAACUGGAGGUGCGAGCAGGCAGUGGAGUGCCCCCGGCUUUCGCUGUAGCUCGGGUGCGUGUGCUGCUGGAAGAUGUGAAUGACAACGCCCCUGCCUUCCCUGCACCUGAAGACACAGUAUUGCUGCCACCAAACACUGCCCCAGGGACUCCCAUCUAUACACUGCGGGCUCUGGACCCCGACUCAGGUGUUAACAGUCGAGUCACCUUUGCUCUGCUUGCUGGGGGUGGUGGGGCCUUCACUGUGGACCCCAUCACAGGCCAUGUACGGCUUAUGGGACCUCUGGGGCCCCUAGGAGGGCCAGCACAUGAGCUGGAGCUGGAGGCCCAGGAUGGGGGAUCCCCACCACGCACCAGCCACUUUCGGCUGAGAGUGAUAGUACAGGAUGUGGGGACCCGUGGUCUAGCUCCACAAUUCAACAGCCCUACCUACCGUGUGGACCUGCCCUCGGGCACCACUCCAGGAACUCAGGUCCUGCAAGUGCAGGCCCAGGCACCAGAUGGGGGCCCUGUCACCUAUCACCUUGCAACAGAGGGUGCAAGUAGCCCCUUUGGCCUGGAGUCACAGAGCGGGUGGCUAUGGGUGCGGGCAGCUCUAGACCGUGAGGCCCAGGAGUUGUACACACUGAAGGUAAUGGCAGUGUCUGGGUUCAAAGCUGAGUUAGGGCAGCAGACAGGCACAGCCACUAUAAGAGUCAGCAUCCUCAACCAGAAUGACCACAGUCCCCGCUUGUCUGAGGAUCCCACCUUCCUGGCUGUGACCGAGAACCAGCCCCCAGGGACCACUGUGGGCCGGGUCUUUGCCACUGACCGAGACUCGGGACCCAACGGACGCCUGACCUACAGCCUGCGACAGCUUUCUGAAGACAACAAGGCCUUCCGCAUCCACCCCCAGACUGGAGAAAUGACCACACUCCAAACCUUGGACCGCGAGCAGCAGAGCAGCUACCAGCUCCUGGUGCAAGUGCAGGAUGGGGGAAACCCACCCCGCAGCACCACAGGCACCGUGCACAUUGCAGUGCUCGACCUCAAUGACAACAGCCCCACCUUUCUGCAGGCUUCAGGAGCUGCUGGCGGAGGCCUCCCUGUACAGGUACCAGACCGCGUGCCUCCAGGAACACUGGUGACGACCUUGCAGGCCAAGGAUCCAGAUGAGGGGGAGAAUGGGACCAUCCUGUAUACACUAACUGGUCCUGGCUCAGAGCUCUUCUCUCUGCAUCCUCACUCGGGGGAGCUGCUCACUGCAGCGCCCCUGAUCAGAGCAGAACGGCCUCACUAUGUGCUGACACUGAGCGCUCACGACCAAGGCAACCCACCUCGAAGUGCCAGCCUCCAGCUGUUGGUGCAGGUGCUUCCCUCUUCUCGCUCGGCUGAGCCGCCCCCGGAUCUCGCAGAGCUCGACCCAGCGGCACCAGUGCCCGUCGUGCUGACGGUGACGGCUGCCGAGGGGUUGCGGCCCGGGUCCCUGUUGGGCUCGGUAGCGCCGCCGGAGCCCACAGGUGUGGGCGCACUCACCUACACGCUGGUAGGCGGCGUUGACCCCGAGGGCACCUUCGCGCUGGACGCGGCCUCGGGGCGCUUGUACCUGGCGCGGCCCUUGGACUUCGAGGCGGGCCCGGCGUGCGCGCCCGCGCUGCGCCUGGACGCGCGUACCGGGGCGCUCAGCGCUCCGCACGGCCUAGAUCGGGAGACCACACCAGCGAUGUUGCUGCUCGUGGAGGCCACCGACCGGCCCGCCAAUGCCAGCCGCCGCCGCGCAGCGCGCGUUUCUGCGCGCGUCUUUGUCACAGAUGAGAAUGACAAUGAGCCUGUCUUCGCCUCACCCUCACGUGUGCGCCUCCCGGAGGACCAGCCGCCCGGGCCCGCGGCGCUGCACGUGGUAGCCCGGGACCCGGACCUGGGCGAGGCCGCUCGUGUGUCCUAUCGCCUGGCAGCUGGAGGAGAUGGCCACUUCCGGCUACACUCAAGUACUGGAGCGCUGUUCGUGGUGCGGCCCUUGGACCGCGAACAGCGAGCUGAGCACAUACUGACCGUGGUGGCCUCCGACCAUGGCUCCCCACCACGCUCGGCCACGCAAGUUCUGACUGUCAGUGUCGCUGACGUCAACGAUGAGGCACCUGCCUUCCAGCAGCAGGAGUACAGCGUCCUCUUGCGUGAGAACAGCCCGCCUGGCACAUCUCUGCUCACUCUUCAGGCAACCGACCCCGAUCUGGGGGCCAAUGGGCAAGUGACUUAUGGAGGCAUCUCUGGCGAAAGCUUCUCCCUGGACCCUCACACUGGAGUUCUCACGACUCUGCGGGCUCUGGAUAGGGAGGAGCAGGAAGAGAUCAAUCUGACAGUGUAUGCCCGGGAUGGAGGCUCGCCCCCGCAGUUAACUCAUGUCACAGUGCGUGUGGCUGUGGAGGAUGAGAAUGACCAUGCACCAACCUUUGGGAGUGCCCACCUCUCCCUGGAGGUCCCCGAGGGCCAGGACCCCCAGACCCUCACCAUACUUCGGGCCUCUGACCCAGAUGUGGGAGCCAACGGACAGCUACAAUACCGCAUCCUAGAUGGAGAUCCUUCAGGAGCCUUUGUCCUAGAUCUUGCCUCUGGGGAAUUUGGUACCAUGAGGCCACUAGACCGUGAGGUGGAGCCAGCAUUUCAGCUGAGGAUAGAGGCCCGGGAUGGAGGCCAGCCAGCUCUCAGUGCUACUCUCCUUGUGACAGUGACAGUGCUGGAUGCUAAUGACCAUGCUCCAGCCUUUCCUGUGCCUGCCUACUCUGUGGAGGUGCCUGAGGAUGUGCCUGCAGGGACCUUGCUGCUGCAGCUACAGGCUCAUGACCCUGAUGCUGGGGCCAAUGGCCGUGUGACCUACUACCUGGGUGCAGGUACUGCAGGAGCCUUUCUGCUGGAGCCCAGUUCUGGGGAGCUGCGCACAGCUGCAACCCUGGACAGAGAACAGUGUCCCAGCUACACCUUUUCUGUGAGUGCAGUGGAUGGUGCAGCUGCUGGACCCCUGAGCACCACAGUGCCUGUCACCAUCACAGUGCGUGAUGUCAACGAUCAUGCACCCACCUUCCCCACCAGUCCUCUACGCCUGCGCUUGCCCCGCCCAGGCCCCAGCCUCAGUACCCCAACCCUGGCUCUAGCCACACUGCGAGCUGAAGAUCGGGAUGCUGGUGCCAAUGCCUCUAUUCUGUACCGGCUGGCAGGCACACCACCCCCUGGCACCACUGUGGAUUCCUACACUGGAGAAAUUCGUGUGGCCCGCUCCCCUGUAGCUCUGGGCCCCCGGGAUCGUGUCCUCUUUGUUGUGGCUACCGACCUUGGCCGUCCAGCUCGCUCUGCCACUGGUGUGAUCAUUGUUGGACUGCAGGGGGAAUCUGAGCGUGGACCCCGCUUUCCCCGGGCAAGUAGUGAGGCUACACUCCGUGAGAAUGCACCCCCAGGGACUCCUAUUGUCUCCCCUAAGGCUGUCCACGCAGGGGGUUCAAAUGGACCCAUCACCUACAGCAUUCUCAGUGGGAAUGAAAAAGGGACGUUCUCCAUCCAACCUAGUACAGGAGCCAUCACGGUUCGCUCUGCAGAGGGGCUGGACUUUGAGGUGAGCCCCCGGCUGCGACUGGUGCUGCAGGCAGAGAGUGGAGGAGCCUUUGCCUUCUCUGUGCUGACCCUGACCCUGCAAGAUGCCAAUGACAAUGCUCCCCGUUUCCUGCGGCCCCACUAUGUGGCCUUCCUGCCUGAGUCCCGGCCCUUGGAGGGGCCCUUGCUGCAGGUGGAGGCAGAUGACCUGGAUCAAGGCUCCGGAGGACAGAUCUCCUACAGUCUGGCUGCGUCCCAGCCAGCACGGGGAUUGUUCCACGUAGACCCAGCCACAGGCACUAUCACUACCACAGCCAUCUUGGACCGUGAGAUUUGGGCCGAAACACGGCUGGUACUGAUGGCCACAGACAGAGGAAGCCCAGCCCUGGUGGGCUCAGCUACUCUGACGGUGAUGGUCAUCGACACCAAUGACAACCGUCCCACCAUCCCUCAGCCCUGGGAGCUCCGAGUAUUGGAAGAUGCGUUAUUGGGCUCAGAGAUUGCACAGGUAACAGGGAAUGAUGUGGACUCAGGACCAGUGCUGUGGUAUGUGCUCAGCCCAUCUGGGCCCCAAGAUCCCUUUAGUGUUGGCCGCUAUGGAGGCCGCGUCUCUCUCACGGGCCCCCUGGAUUUUGAGCAGUGUGACCGCUACCACCUGCAGCUACUGGCACAUGAUGGGCCUCACGAGGGCCAUGCCAACCUCACGGUGCUUGUGGAGGAUGUCAAUGACAAUGCACCUGCCUUCUCACAGAGCCUCUACCAGGUGUCGCUGCUUGAGCACACACCCCCAGGUAGUGCUAUUUUCUCCGUCUCUGCCACUGACCGGGACUCAGGUGCCAACGGUCACAUCACCUACCACCUGGCUUCGCCUGCUGAGGGCUUCAGUGUUGACCCCAACAAUGGGACCCUGUUCACAACAGUGGGAACAGUGGCCUUGGGCCAUGAGGGGCCAGGAGUGGUGGAUGUGGUUCUGGAAGCACAGGACCAUGGGGCUCCAGGCCGAGCAACACAAGCCACAGUGCAUGUGCAACUGCAGGACCAGAAUGACCAUGCCCCAAGCUUUACAUUGCCGCACUACCGUGUGGCUGUGACUGAAGAUCUGCCCCCUGGCUCCACCCUGCUCACCCUGGAGGCCACAGAUGCUGACAGAAGCCGCAUCCAUGCCGUUGUGGACUACAGCAUCAUCAGUGGCAACCGUGGCCGAGUCUUCCAGUUGGAACCCCGGCUGGCUGAGGCUGGGGAGGGUGUUGGACUAGGACCCCAGGCACUGGGCUGCUUGGUGUUGCUUGAAGCUUUAGAUUUUGAAAGUCUGACACAGUACAAUCUAACUGUGGCUGCAGCCGACCGGGGGCAGCCACCCCGCAGCUCAACCGUGCCCGUCACUGUCACUGUACUAGAUGUCAAUGACAACCCUCCUGUCUUUACCCAAGCAUCCUACCGUGUGGCAGUACCCGAGGACACGCCUGUUGGAGCUGAGCUGCUACGUGUGGAGGCCUCUGAUGCUGACCCUGGCCCUCAUGGCCUUGUGCAUUUCACCGUCAGUUCAGGCGACCCACUGGGGCUCUUUGAGCUGGAUGAGAGCUCAGGCGCCUUGCGACUGGCCCACACCCUGGACUGUGAGACCCAGGCUCAACAUCAGCUUGUAGUCCAAGCUGCUGACCCCGCUGGUGCACACUUUGCUUUGGCACCAGUGACAGUCGAGGUCCAAGAUGUGAAUGACCAUGGCCCAGCUUUCCCACUGAACUUGUUCAGCACCAGCCUGGCAGAGAACCAGCCUCCAGGCACUCUGGUGACCACUCUGCAUGCGAUCGAUGGGGAUGCUGGGGCUUUUGGGAGGCUCCGCUAUAGCCUGUUGGAGGCUGGACCAGGGCCUGAGGGCCGUGAGGCAUUUGCACUGAACAGCUCAACGGGGGAGUUGCGUGCACGCGUGCCCUUUGACUAUGAGCACACAGGAAGCUUCUGGCUGCUGGUGGGUGCUGCCGAUGCUGGGAAUCUCUCAGCCUCUGUUACUGUGUCAGUGCUGGUGACUGGAGAGGAUGAAUAUGACCCCGUAUUCCUGGCUCCAGCUUUCCACUUCCAAGUGCCAGAAGGCGCCCGUCGUGGUCACAGUCUGGGUCAUGUACAGGCCACAGAUGAGGAUGGGGGUGCCGAUGGCCUUGUUCUCUAUUCCCUGGCCACCUCUUCCCCCUAUUUUGGUAUCAACCAGACUACAGGUGCCCUGUACCUGCAGGUAGAUAGUCGGGCACCAGGCAGUGGAGCAGCCACCUCCGGGGGUGGGGGCCGGACUCGGCGUGAGGCACCACGGGAGCUGAGGCUGGAGGUGGUAGCACGGGGGCCUCUGCCUGGUUCCCGAAGUGCCACAGUGCCUGUGACCGUGGAUAUCACCCACACUGCACUUGGCCUGGCACCUGACCUCAACCUGCUAUUGGUGGGAGCUGUGGCUGCCUCCUUGGGAGUUGUGGUGGUGCUUGCACUGGCAGCCCUGGUCCUAGGACUCAUUCGGGCCCGUAGCCGCAAGGCUGAGGCAGCCCCUGGCCCAAUGUCACAGGCAGCGCCCCUAGCCAGUGGCUCUCUGCAGAAGCUGGGCCGGGAGCCACCCAGUCCACCACCCUCAGAGCAUCUAUAUCACCAGACUCUUCCCAGCUAUGGUGGGCCAGGAGCUGGAGGACCCUAUCCCCGUGGUGGCUCCCUGGACCCUUCACACUCAAGUGGUCGAGGCUCAGCAGAGGCUGCGGAGGAUGACGAGAUCCGCAUGAUCAAUGAGUUCCCCCGUGUGGCCAGUGUAGCCUCCUCUCUGGCUGCCCGUGGCCCUGACUCGGGCAUCCAGCAGGAUGCAGAUGGACUGAGUGACACAUCCUGUGAGCCACCUGCCCCUGACACCUGGUAUAAGGGCCGAAAAGCAGGGCUGCUGCUUCCAGGUGCAGGAGCCACUCUGUACCGAGAGGAGGGGCCCCCAGCCACUGCCACAGCCUUCCUGGGGGGCUGUGGCCUGAGCCCUGCACCCACUGGGGACUAUGGCUUUCCAGCAGAUGGCAAACCAUGUGUGGCAGGUGCACUGACAGCCAUUGUGGCUGGCGAGGAGGAGCUCCGUGGCAGCUAUAACUGGGACUACCUGCUGAGUUGGUGCCCUCAGUUCCAGCCACUAGCCAGUGUCUUCACAGAGAUUGCUCGGCUCAAGGAUGAAGCUCGGCCGUGUCCCCCAGCUCCUCGUAUUGACCCACCACCCCUCAUCACUGCCGUGGCCCACCCAGGAGCCAAGUCUGUGCCCCCCAAGCCAGCAAGCACCACUGCAGCCCGGGCCAUCUUCCCACCAGCCUCUCACCGCUCCCCCAUCAGCCACGAGGGCUCCCUGUCCUCAGCUGCCAUGUCCCCCAGCUUCUCACCCUCUCUGUCACCUCUGGCUGCUCGCUCACCUGUUGUCUCACCAUUUGGAGUGGCCCAGGGUCCCUCAGCCUCAGCACUCAGUGCAGAGCCCGGCCUGGAGCCGCCUGAUGACACGGAGCUGCACAUCUAGCUGUGGCCCAGGCUGGGCUCUGACCUGGGAUGCGCACAGUGUCCCCAAUGCAGGCCCCAUUCUGAGCCUGCCCUGGGCAGCCUCCGACCAUGACUGGCCACGGGGAGGCCGCCACCAGCCCCCAGCUCUUCACUUCAAACUCCCCAGCCCCUUCAGAGCACUAGGAUCACAGAGGCCUAUUGGUGACUUACCUGUGGCCAGUUCCCAAUGUGGGGAGAAAUAUGAAGGAGGUGAGGGCUUACUGCCCUGUGCCAGCAUCCUGAGAUGGAGCUGAGACUUUAUUUAUUGGGGGGUGGGAAAUGGAGGAGGUCCCUCCAAUGUCUUUGGACCCAGCUCCUUUGGGUUCCACUGACACCCCUGCCCCUGCCCAGAACCAAGUGCCAAUUCUCACUCUGGAGCCUUAAUAAACUGCAGUUUGUAUCCAG